AUGCCAACUGGAAGCGUCGCACGUGUGUAUGCGAACGUCAACGAGACUCAUCCGAAGGAGUACUGGGACUACGACAAUCUCCAAGUCCAAUGGGGUGUCCAGGACAACUACGAGAUCAUUCGCAAGGUUGGACGCGGCAAAUACUCGGAAGUCUUUGAGGGCUUCAACACUGUAAACAACGAAAAGUGUUGUAUCAAGGUCCUGAAGCCCGUCAAGAAAAAGAAGAUCAAGCGCGAGAUCAAGAUUCUUCAGAACCUGGCUGGCGGACCCAACGUGAUCACUCUCUUCGAUGUCGUUCGUGAUCCCCAGUCAAAGACACCUUCACUGAUUUUCGAGUGCGUCAACAACACGGACUUCAAGAUUCUCUAUCCCAAGUUUACGGACUUUGACGUGCGCUACUACAUUUUCGAGCUGUUGAAGGCCUUGGACUUCUGCCACUCGAAGGGUAUUAUGCAUCGCGAUGUCAAACCCCACAAUGUCAUGAUCGAACAUGAGAAGCGCAAGCUUCGUCUGAUUGAUUGGGGCCUUGCAGAGUUUUAUCAUCCUGGCACGGAAUAUAAUGUUCGUGUUGCAUCGCGCUAUUUCAAAGGACCGGAACUGUUGGUCGAUUUCCAGGAAUACGACUAUUCUCUCGACAUGUGGAGCUUGGGUGCCAUGUUUGCAAGCAUGAUCUUCCGCAAGGAGCCAUUCUUCCAUGGACACGACAACUAUGACCAGUUGGUCAAGAUUGCGCGAGUGCUCGGAACGAAUGAGUUGUUUGCUUAUCUGGAGAAGUAUGAUCUGGAAUUGGAUGUGCAGUACGACGAGAUUCUGGGCAGAUAUCCUCGCAAGCCAUGGAGCAAAUUUGUGACACCAGAGAACCAGCGCUUUGUCUCGAACGCGGCGAUCGACUUUUUGGACAAGUUGGUCCGAUAUGAUCACCAGGAACGCCUAACUGCAGCAGAGGCGAUGGAGCACCCUUAUUUUGAUCCCGUCCGCGCAGCCGCAAAGACACAAUAG